GGCCCCUUCCGAAGUCCAAGACCCUCCUUCCCUUCCCGCCCAGGGGCCCAGGCGUCCGGGCCGGCCCCUUCCCGCCGCGGGGCCCAGGCGUCCGGGCGCUUCCUUACAUGGGCACCGCGGGGCCCCGCGCGGGGCGGUGCCGGGGGGGGCCGCGCCCGGCCCCCGCCAUGGACGACCUGGACGCGCUGCUGGCCGACCUGGAGACCACGAGCUGCCACCUGGGCCGACACCCGGUGCUGCUGCCCCAGGCGCCCGCCGGACCCCCGGACCCCCCCGCCGGGACCCCCGGGACCCCCGGGGACCCCCCCCGGCCCCCGCCGCCCCCCUGCGGCCCCGCGCCCAGCGGGGCCCCCCCGGCGGGGGGUGACACCGAGCAGCUCUACAGCACCGUGCACAAGGCCCGGCCCCCCCGCGGCCCCCCCCGGUCCCCGACGGCCCCCGGCCUGGGCGAGCUCGACCGGCUCCUGCGAGACCUCGACGUCACCCACUGCUCCAUCGCAGACGAGAUCCUGGCCCAGUUCCCGCCGCUGAAGGGCCCCGACGGGGAGAAGAAGGCGGAGGAGGAGGAGGAGGAGGCCGAAGACGGGGCGUCCCCGCCGCGACCCAGCACCCCGGGGCCCCCCCCGGCGCCGCCCUCGGCCUCCUCGGCCACCCAGGAGCUCGACCGCCUCAUGGCCUCCCUCUCCGACUUCCGCCUCCGCAGCACCCCGCCGCCGCAACAGCCGGCGCCCGGCAGCCUGGACUCCAUGCUGGUGCUGCUACAGUCGGACCUGAGCCGCCGCGGGGUGCCCACGGGGUCCAAGGGGGUCUGCGGCGCCUGCCGGAAGCCCAUCGCCGGGCAGGUGGUGACGGCCCUGGGGUGCGCGUGGCACCCCGAGCACUUCGUCUGCGCCCACUGCCAGCGGGCGCUGGGGGGCAGCACCUUCUUCGAGAAGGACGGGGCGCCCUACUGCGAGCGCGACUACUUCCAGCUCUUCGCGCCCCGCUGCGGCCAGUGCGCCCAGCCCAUCCUCGACAAAAUGGUGACGGCGCUGGACAAGAACUGGCACCCCGAGCACUUCUGCUGCGUCAAGUGCGGGCGGCCCUUCGGCGAGGAAGCCCCACGGCGUCCCCACGGCGUCCCCACGGCGGGUCCCCGCAGGCUUCCUGGAGAAGGACGGCCAGCAGUACUGCCGGCAGGACUUCGCCGAGCUCUUCGCCAGCCGCUGCCGGGGCUGCGGGCGGCCCAUCCUGGAGGGCUACGUGGCCGCCCUCGAGGGUCUCUGGCACCCCGAGUGCUUCGUCUGCGGGGAGUGCCUGGCGCCCUUCGCGGCGGGCACCUUCUUCGAGGCCGGGGGGCGGCCCUACUGCGAGCGGCACGCGGCCGGGGGCCGGGCCCAGGCGUGCCGGGGCUGCGGGGAGCCCAUCGCCGGCCGCUGCGUCACCGCCAUGGCCCAGCGCUUCCACCCCGAGCACUUCGUCUGCGCCUUCUGCCGCCGGCCCCUGGCCAAGGGGCCCUUCCAGGAGCAGGCGGGCAAGGCCUACUGCCAGCCCUGCUUCCGACGCCUCUUCGGGUGACGGGGCGCGGCGGGGCCCCACGCCGCCGUGGGGCGCCCCACGGAUCCCCCCCCCCCCCGCCGACCCGCCCCGGGACGUCCCAUGGAUCCUGCUUGCAACCUGCUUGGAGCCCGCUUGGGUUCGACGUGGUGGUUUGAGGGGGCUUCAUGCAUCGUGGUGGCACCAAGAAGAUGUCCUGACCCACAGCUCGGCCCCAUAGAGCCCCAUAGAGCCCCCCAUGACCUCCUGGGACGUCCCAUGGAUCCUGCUUGGAUUCGACAUGGUGGUUUGAGGGGGCUUCAUGCAUCGUGGUGGCACCAAGAAGAUGUCCUGACCCACGGCUCGGCCCCAUAGAGCCCCAUAGAGCCCCCCAUGACCUCCUGGGACGUCCCAUGGAUCCUGCUUGGAGCCCGCUUGGGUUCAACGUGGUGGUUUGAGGGGGCUUCAUGCAUCGUGGUGGCACCAAGAUGUCCUGACCCACGGCUUGGCCCCAUAGAGCCCCAUAGAGCCCCCCAACACCCUCCUGGGACGUCCCAUGGAUCCUGCUUGCAACCUGCUUGGAGCCUGCUUGGGUUCGACGUGGUGGUUUGAGGGGGCUUCAUGCAUCGUGGUGGCACCAAGAAGAUGUCCUGACCCACGGCUUGGCCCCAUAGAGCCCCAUAGAGCCCCCCAUGACCUCCUGGGACGUCCCAUGGAUCCUGCUUGGAGCCCGCUUGGGUUCGACGUGGUGGUUUGAGGGGGCUUCAUGCAUCGUGGUGGCACCAAGAAGAUGUCCUGACCCACGGCUUGGCCCCAUAGAGCCCCAUAGAGCCCCCCAUGACCUCCUGGGACGUCCCAUGGAGCCUGCUUGGAGCCUGCUUGGAGCCCGCUUGGGUUCGACGUGGUGGUUUGAGGGGGCUUCAUGCAUCGUGGUGGCACCAAGAAGAUGUCCUGACCCACAGCUUGGCCCCAUAGAGCCCCAUAGAGCCCCCCUGGGACGUCCCAUGGAUCCUGCUUGGAGCCUGCUUGGAGCCCGCUUGGAUUCAACAUGGUGGUUUGAGGGGGCUUCAUGCAUCGUGGUGGCACCAAGAAGAUGUCCUGACCCACGGCUUGGCCCCAUAGAGCCCCACGGAGCCCCCCAACACCCUCCUGGGACGUCCCAUGGAUCCUCCUUGCAGCCUGCUUGGGUUCGACAUGGUGGUUUGAGGAGGUUUCAUGCAUCGUGGUGGCACCAAGAAGAUGUCCUGACCCACGGCUCGGCCCCAUAGAGCCCCAUAGAGCCACCCAACACCCUCCUGGGACGUCCCAUGGAGCCUGCUUGGAGCCUGCUUGGAGCCCGCUUGGGUUCGACGUGGUGGUUUGAGGGGGCUUCAUGCAUCGUGGUGGCACCAAGAAGAUGUCCUGACCCACGGCUCGGUCCCAUAGAGCCCCAUAGAGCCCCCCUGGGACGUCCCAUGGAUCCUGCUUGGAGCCCGCUUGGAGCCCGCUUGGGUUCGACGUGGUGGUUUGAGGGGGCUUCAUGCAUCGUGGUGGCACCAAGAAGAUGUCCUGACCCACGGCUCGGCCCCAUAGAGCCCCAUAGAGCCCCCCAUGACCUCCUGGGACGUCCCAUGGAUCCUCCUUGCAACCUGCUUGGAGCCUGCUUGGAUUCGACGUGGUGGUUUGAGGGGGCUUCAUGCAUCGUGGUGGCACCAAGAAGAAGUCCUGACCCACGGCUCGGCCCCAUAGAGCCCCAUAGAGCCCCCCUGGGACGUCCCAUGGAUCCUGCUUGCAACCUGCUUGGAGCCCGCUUGGGUUCGACGUGCUGGUUUGAGGGGGCUUCAUGCAUCGUGGUGGCACCAAGAAGAUGUCCUGACCCACGGCUCAGCCCCAUAGAGCCCCAUAGAGCCCCCCCAUGACCUCCUGGGACGUCCCAUGGAUCCUGCUUGCAGCCCGCUUGGAUUCGACGUGGUGGUUUGAGGGGGCUUCAUGGCUCGUGGUGGCACCAAGAAGAUGUCCUGACCCACGGCUUGGCCCCAUAGAGCCCCAUAGAGCCCCCCAUGACCUCCUGGGACGUCCCAUGGAUCCUGCUUGCAGCCUGCUUGGAUUCAACAUGGUGGUUUGAGGGGGCUUCAUGCAUCGUGGUGGCACCAAGAAGAUGUCCUGACCCACGGCUCGGCCCCAUAGAGCCCCAUAGAGCCCCCCAACACCCUCCUGGGACGUCCCAUGGAUCCUCCUUGCAACCUACUUGGAGCCUACUAGGAUUCGACAUGGUGGUUUGAGGGGAUCUCAUGGCUCAUGGUGGCACCAAGGAGGCCUCCAGACCCACAGCUCGGCCCCAUAGAGCCCCAUAGAGCCCCCCAACACCCUCCUGGGACGUCCCAUGGAUCCUCCUUGCAACCUGCUUGGAGCCCGCUGGGGUUCGACGUGGUGGUUUGAGGGGGCUUCAUGCAUCAUGGUGGCACCAAGAAGAUAUCCUGACCCACAGCUUGGCCCCAUAGAGCCCCAUAGAGCCCCCAUGACCUCCUGGGACGUCCCAUGGAUCCUGCUUGCAGCCUGCUUGGAUUCGACAUGGUGGUUUGAGGGGGCUUCAUGCAUCGUGGUGGCACCAAGAUGUCGUGACCCACAGCUCGGCCCCAUAGAGCCCCACGGAGCCCCCCCAUGACCUCCUGGGACGUCCCAUGGAGCCUGCUUGGAGCCUACUUGGAGCCCGCUUGGAUUCACCGUGAUGGUUUGAGGGGAUCUCAUGGCUCGUGGUGGCACCAAGGAGGCCUCCAGACCCACAGCUCGGCCCCAUAGAGCCCCAUAGAGCCCCCCAACACCCUCCUGGGACGUCCCAUGGAUCCUGCUUGCAGCCUGCUUGGGUUCGACAUGGUGGUUUGAGGGGGCUUCAUGCAUCGUGGUGGCACCAAGAAGAUGUCCUGACCCACGGCUUGGCCCCAUAGAGCCCCAUAGAGCCCCCCAUGACCUCCUGGGACGUCCCAUGGAUCCUGCUUGCAGCCUGCUUGGAUUCAACAUGGUGGUUUGAGGGGGCUUCAUGCAUCGUGGUGGCACCAAGAAGAUGUCCUGACCCACGGCUCGGCCCCAUAGAGCCCCAUAGAGCCCCAUAGAGCCCCCCCAUGACCUCCUGGGACGUCCCAUGGAUCCUGCUUGGAGCCCCCAUGGAUCUCCCAUGAUGCUUUGUGGUGCCCCAUAGCCCAUGGGGGCACCAGGAGGUCCUGACCCACGGCUCAGCCCCACGGCAUUUCCCCCCAAGUGUGGGGCUGACCCAUGGAUUCCCCCCCCCAGGUCCCAUCCCGGCAGCUGCCCCACAGGGGCCGGGUCAGGCCGGGCUGGGGGAGCCCAAUGGGGCGCUGGGGGGGGUUACUGGGGGGCCCAGUGGGGCACUGGGGGGUUACUGGGGGGCACUGGGGGGCCCAGUGGGGCACUGGGAGGCUACUGGGGGGCACUGGGGGGCACUGGGGGCCCCCCGGGGUCGCACUUGCUCUUUGCUUGCACAGGCUGAAGAUUUUGUAUUUAUGGGGUUGGGGGAUCUGUGGG